UCUGUGAUUGGUUGGUGCCGGAUUUCAAACUAGAGCCGGCGGCGCGGUGCUGCUCUGCCGUUGGGUGCGGCGCCGAGGGAAGCGGAAGGCCGCCCAGGUGGGGCCCAGCGACCCGGCUGAGUGGGCUUGGGGUCUGCGAGGAGAGAAAGAUGGAUACUACGAUGCUGAAUUUGCGGAAUCUGUUUGAGCAGCUUGUACGCCGGGUGGAGAUUCUCAGUGAAGGAAAUGAACUCCAAUUCAUCCAGUUGGCAAAGGACUUCGAGGAUUUCCGUAAAAAGUGGCAGAGAACAGACCAAGAGCUGGGGAAAUACAAGGAUCUUUUGAUGAAAGCAGAGACUGAGCGUAGUGCUCUGGAUGUUAAGCUGAAGCAUGCACGCAAUCAGGUGGAUGUAGAGAUCAAACGGAGACAGCGAGCUGAGGCCGACUGUGAAAAGCUGGAAAGACAGAUUCAGCUGAUCCGAGAGAUGCUCAUGUGUGACACAUCUGGCAGCAUUCAACUAAGCGAGGAGCAAAAAUCAGCUCUGGCUUUUCUCAACAGAGGCCAACCAUCCACUGGCAAUGCUGGGAACAAAAGACUGUCAACCAUUGAUGAAUCUGGUUCCAUUUUAUCAGAUAUCAGCUUUGACAAGACUGAUGAAUCGCUGGAUUGGGAUUCUUCUGUAAUAAAGACUUUCAAACUGAAGAAGAGAGAAAAGAGGCGCUCCAAUAGCCGACAGUUCAUUGAUGGCCCCCCGGGACCUAUAAAGAAAACUCGUUCCAUUGGCUCUACAGCAGACCAGGGGAAUGAAUCCAUUGUUGCAAAAACUACAGUGACUGUUCCCAGUGAUGGCGGGCCCAUUGAAGCUACAUCCACUAUUGAAACUGUUCCAUAUUGGACGAGAAGUCGAAGGAAAUCAGGUACUUUACAGCCUUGGAAUAGUGACUCUACCUUGAGCAGCAGGCCGCUGGAGCCAAGAACUGAGACAGAUGGUUCCAACACUCCGCAGAGUACUGGGGGGAUGCGUCUGCAUGACUUUGUCUCUAAGACGGUUAUUAAACCCGAAUCUUGUGUUCCAUGUGGAAAGCGGAUAAAAUUUGGCAAGCUGUCCCUGAAGUGUCGAGACUGUCGUGUCGUCUCUCAUCCAGAAUGUCGGGACCGCUGUCCCCUUCCCUGCAUUCCUACCCUGAUAGGAACACCUGUUAAGAUUGGAGAGGGAAUAUUGGCAGAUUAUGUGUCCCAGACUUCUCCAAUGAUCCCCUCCAUUAUUGUCCACUGCGUAAAUGAGAUUGAACAGAGGGGGCUGACCGAGACAGGCCUAUAUCGGGUCUCAGGCUGCGACCGGACAGUAAAAGAGCUAAAAGAGAAAUUUCUCAGAGUGAAAACUGUACCCCUCCUCAGCAAAGUGGAUGACAUCCAUGCUAUCUGUAGCUUCCUGAAAGACUUCCUUCGAAACCUUAAAGAACCCCUUCUCACCUUUCGGCUGAACAAGACCUUUAUGGGAGCAGCAGAAAUCACAGAUGAGGACAACAGCAUAGCUGCCAUGUACCAGGCUGUUGGUGAGCUGCCCCAGGCCAACAGAGACACAUUAGCUUUCCUCAUGAUUCACUUGCAGAGAGUGGCUCAGAGCCCAAACACUAAAAUGGAUGUUGCCAAUCUGGCUAAAGUCUUUGGCCCUACAAUAGUUGCCCACGCUGUGCCCAAUCCAGAUCCAGUGACAAUGUUACAGGACAUCAAGCGUCAACCCAAGGUGGUAGAACGCUUGCUCUCACUGCCCCUGGAAUACUGGAGUCAGUUCAUGAUGGUGGAACAAGAGAACAUUGACCCCAUGCAUGUCAUUGAAAACUCAAAUGCCUUUUCAACACCACAGACACCAGAUAUUAAAGUGAGUUUUCUGGGGCCUGUGACCACUCCUGAGCAUCAGCUUCUCAAGACGCCUUCCUCCAGCUCCCUGUCGCAGCGAGUCCGCUCCACGCUCACCAGGAACACGCCCAGAUUUGGGAGCAAAAGCAAGUCUGCCACAAACCUUGGACGUCAAGGCAACUUCUUUGCUUCUCCAAUGCUCAAGUGAAGUCACGUCUCCAGUUACUUCCAGCAUUUACUGACUGCAAAGGAAGGGCGCACCUGUACUCUCUGCUCGCAGCCUCCUGUACUCGUUACCACUUUUAGCAUUCUCCAGGCUUUUAAUCAAGUGUAAUUGUGCAUGGGGGUUUUAUUAAAACUAUAUAUAUCUUC